AAAAGUUACGGAGAAGAUGAGGUAUGAAUUUACGAUGAUGGAUGGAACCUUGAGACAUCCGUUCUGCACAUAAUUUCAAGCGAAUACGUAUAAAGACGAGAUUGCUGACUCAAUACAUACGUAGAUGUAACGUUGUUUGUGUCUGGAAACUGCAAUCUUGUUUGCACGUGAUUCUCUCUUCCUUAAUCUUCUUCCUUUUAAACGGGUAGGCAGUGAAGCGAAUCAUUCUGAGAGACUGAGAGAGAGAGAGAGAGAGAGAGAGAGAGGAAGAGAUGAGUAACUGUGAUGGAUGCUGCAAAUCAGGGCCAGGCUAUGCUUCUCCGCUUGAAGCCAUUUCAGGUCCCAGAGAGUCUCUCAUUUAUGUCACCGCUGUCUACACAGGAACUGGAAUAGAGAAGCCUGACUAUUUGGCCACAGUGGACGUAGAUCCAAACUCUCCAACUUACUCCAAAGUCAUCCAUAGGUUACAUGUUCCUCAUUUAGGGGAUGAAUUGCACCAUACUGGCUGGAAUUCAUGCAGCUCUUGCCAUGGAGAUACAUCUGCAGAGCGAAGAUUUUUGAUCGCACCUGCACUUGUAUCAGGUCGCAUAUAUGUGGUUGACGUAAAAACAAAUUCAAGGGCUCCAUCUUUGCACAAAGUUGUUGAGCCUUCAGAUAUCAUACAGAAGACUGGAUUAGCCUAUCCACACACAUCUCAUUGUCUUGCUUCUGGAGAGAUAAUGGUCUCAUGUCUUGGAGAUAAAGAUGGAAAUGCUGCAGGAAAUGGAUUUCUUCUUCUUGAUUCAGAGUUUAAUGUGAAAGGAAGGUGGGAGAAACCAGGGCACAGUCCAUUAUUUGGGUAUGACUUUUGGUAUCAACCACGUCACAAUACUAUGAUUAGCACAUCAUGGGGUGCUCCUAGUGCUUUUACAAAAGGUUUUGACUUACAGCAUGUGGCUGACGGAUUCUAUGGGAGGCAUCUCCAUGUAUAUAACUGGCCCGGGGGUGAACUGAGACAAACAUUGGACCUUGGUAAUGAAGGGCUUUUACCCUUAGAGAUAAGGUUCCUGCAUGAUCCUGCUAAAGAUACAGGUUUCGUUGGGAGUGCAUUGACAAGUAACAUGAUACGAUUUUUUAAGACACAAGAUGGAUCAUGGAGCCAUGAGGUUGCCAUAUCAGUGAAACCACUGAAAGUGCAAAACUGGAUUCUUCCGGAAAUGCCUGGGCUUAUUACUGAUUUUCUUAUAUCUCUUGAUGAUCGGUUUCUGUACUUUGUAAACUGGCUUCAUGGGGAUAUAAGACAGUAUAACAUUGAGGACCUUAAAAAUCCUAAAUUGACUGGCCAAGUAUGGGUUGGUGGACUUGUCCAGAAAGGAAGCCCCACAGUUGCUAUAACAGAUGAUGGUGAAACUUGGCAAUCUGAAGUGCCAGAGAUUCAGGGGAAAAAAUUGAGAGGGGGCCCUCAGAUGAUUCAAUUGAGUCUAGAUGGGAAGCGUCUGUAUGUUACUAACUCACUAUUUAGUGCAUGGGAUAGACAAUUUUAUCCAGAGCUUGUGGAAAAAGGAUCCCACAUGCUACAGAUUGAUGUUGAUACUGAGAAUGGUGGCCUGAAAAUCAACCCCAACUUCUUUGUUGACUUUGGAACUGAGCCUGAUGGUCCCUCUCUUGCCCAUGAGAUGAGAUAUCCUGGUGGUGAUUGUACCUCAGAUAUAUGGAUUUAAGCCUAUGUAUCCUUAUUUCCUCCUAUUGAUAAGGUUUGUGUCUUCCAGUUGUAAUGGGUUAUUAUACUAUAAUGCUCUUGUUCUUCAACAUCUUGAAUAAUGAAGAGACAGUUUGCAUAAAUAUAUUAAGUUCACCCGUAAAACCUUUUUGUCUGUGGUUAUUUCUAUCUAUGUGGUUACCGCCAACUUAAUAAUAAGUGUGAAAAAUACAGGGCACAAAUAACAAGUAAUAUAGCAAGUUCGUUGAAUAACUUGUAUUAAAGCUUGCGUUCUGUUUUACCAAUGUACUUAUCCUAUUGGAAUUUAGAAUUUUUCUGUGCAAUGGAACGUCAUCUUCAAAC